AUGGCAGCCAAGCCCCCAAAGGACCCGUUACUCGUGGUCCUUGGCGCUACAGGCACAGGGAAGUCGCAGCUUGCUGUCGACCUAGUAAAUAGAUUCGACGGCGAGAUCAUCAAUGGCGAUGCGAUGCAGAUGAGGGAAUACCACCAUCUGCUGGGCUGCAUUGCGCUAGAUGAAGAACCGUGGAGGGUUGGGCUAUUCAAGAAGAAAGCGGGUCAAAUAAUAAAGGAGAUUUGGUCAAGAGGAAGACUGCCCAUUGUGGUUGGAGGCACACACUACUGCACGCAAUCGUUGCUGUUCGACGACUUUCUUUUGAAAGAUCAGGUUGAAGGGGAGGAGCAAGACCACAUCGAAUUUUUCAACGAGGAGAUUGUGGAGAAGUUCCCUAUACUCUCAGGGCCUACCGAGGAUAUGAUCGAACGCUUGAGGGAGGUGGAUCCUGUGAUGGCGGAUCGAUGGCACCCAAAAGACAGGAAAGAUCCGACGGUCUCUGGAGAUAUUCCUGACAACCGGGAAGAAAGCUUCUCCUUCGAACAAGGCACUACUUCUCAAGAGGAUCUGCAGAAACUCUAUGAGCUCUCCAUUGAACGAACCAAGGCUGCUACUCGCCAAUACGCAAAACGACAAGUCCGAUGGAUUCGUCUGAGCUUGAUGCCAGCUUUAGCAGAGGAUUUGGACAAGCUUUACCUCCUUGAUGGCACAGACAUCAGUCAAUGGACAGACGCCGUCUCCCAGCCUGCCAUCGACAUUGCGGCCAAAUUCCUUGAAGGCAGCGAGCGUCCUUCGCCCUAUGAACUGUCAGAAAUAGCUCGAAAUAUUUUGGCUCCAGCGUCUAGUCGUGACGAGAAGCCAAACUUAUGGUUCCGAAAGGAAUGUCAGACAUGUCAUAUGGUAGCCGUCAAUGACGUCCAAUGGAAAACACACCUCAACGGCCGUCGUCACAGAGCACUAACCAAGAAGAAGCGGAAGAGUGAAGCAAGCGAUAGGUCUUCCCAUCCGAACCGCUCUGGACAAUCGGCGGGAAAGAAGCGGAGAGGUUGGUGCGCUGUCCCCUCUGUAUGUAUCCGAAAAGCGCCGCCAAUGCUUCGCACGUACUAG